AUUAUUCGUUGAAAAAACUCAAAAAUAAGAGAGAUAGAGAGAGAGAGACUGAAGGAGAAGACGAGGAGCAGAGCUUGAUUCAUGCGUUCAGAUUUCGACUGCAGGCUUAAGCCAAGACAAGAGAAUAUCAAAUAAAGAACCAUUAUCCUGCAAGAUGACGAGGUCGUGGGUGCUUUUGUUUGUUCUUAUGUUCAUUGUGUUGACUUCUCAGUUUGAGUGGAAUGAACAAGUUGAGAGUGAAACUGAAACUAGUCGUCCUCUGAUUCUUUCUGAUAAAGAGCAACACAUACCUCAAGGCAAAGAAUCUGUGCAUGAAAAGAAAAUUCUCUCUCAAGAAAAGAAAAUUCAGAAGCUUAAUGAGCUGGUCGGAGAUCUAAGGAGGCAGUUGCUACAAUGCAGAAAUGAAAAUCAGGUUGAGUUGACAGAGCUAGAAACUGAGCUUGAUCAGCUGCUGUUAAGAGGUGUUUAAUCCACUUUACAGAUUAAUAAAAGCUUUGUCUCUCUAACCCUCCAUAGGCUUCAAGCGUAAAUCCAGAUUCUUCAUCAAUCUAAUACCACAUCAUCCCCCUCUUUCUAAAGCACACUACACUUGGAAAAUACUGUACUUUAAAGGAGAAAUCAAAGAAGAGUGGUCCUUUCUGAAGUACAUCAAGUAUUGUAUAGCUAAGGCAUGACAUUUUUAUUUAUAUCUUCUAUUUUCUUGUUAUUUUUAUCAUAAUACUGUGGGACUAAUUGGUGGAGUCAAUAACUUGGACAUUUAUGAGAAGACCAGAGUCUGCAGAAAAUAGGACACACGAAAAAAAUAGAAGAAAGCCAAAACUCGUGAAAAUUUUACUUAUUGAGUAUUUUGUGCUCAAA